UCUCUCCGAUGGAGCGCUCGCUCGCGGCCGUGAGCUUCCUGAAGGUCAAACUGCAUUUCUGAGACGAGUUUGGGAGUAGAUCUUUGGUCCGGGAGCACGCUGCAGACCGAGGAGCGGGGGCUCGGGUGAUGGGCUGUUCCUGGAGCCGCCAGGGGGACGCCGCUCAUACCUGCUGCUAACAGGAGGCGAUGGGGGAAGCUUCUUCACAGAGUCCCCGUCAGGCCACAUCUGCACCCGACCACUGAGUGUGUUUUCCGGGAGGCCUCCGUCGAGCCCGAGAGGAAGGAGACAUGGCAAACGACUCUGCUCGGGGGUCCAAGCCCGGCCGGCACGCCGAGGCCGACCGCGAGGCCGAGUUCGGCUGCUCGCUGAAGGAGCUGUGCGUCCUCAUGGAGCUGAGAGGAGAAGUCUCCGUGAACAAGAUCACCAGCAGCUACGGAGGCGUGGCCGGACUGUGCGCCAGGCUGAGAACCUCACCUGUCCAAGGUUUAGAUGGAAACUCUGAGGACAUCGACAGGAGGAGACGGGUGUUCGGGUCCAACGUCAUCCCUCCCAAAAAAGCCAAAACCUUUCUGGAGCUGGUGUGGGAAGCCCUGCAGGACCCCACGCUCAUCAUCCUGGAGGUGGCGGCCAUCAUUUCACUCGGCUUGUCUUUCUACAGCCCGCCCGAAGCUGAAAGAAGGAACUGCGGCUCGGCCGCCGGCGGCGGGGGCGACGACGGGGAGGCGGAGGCCGGCUGGAUCGAAGGCGCCGCCAUCCUGCUGUCGGUGGUCUGCGUGGUCCUGGUGACGGCCUUCAACGACUGGAGCAAGGAGAAGCAGUUCCGCGGCCUCCAGAGCCACAUCGAGCAGGAGCAGAAGUUCAGCGUGGUCCGAGGGGGCCAGAUGCUGCAGGUCAAGGUGUCGGAGCUCGUGGUCGGGGACAUCGCUCAAGUCAAGUACGGUGACCUCCUCCCCGCCGACGGAGUCCUCAUCCAGAGCAACGACCUGAAGAUUGACGAGAGCCCCAUGACCGGAGAGUCUGACCACGUCAAGAAGGCCGUGGACGGAGACCCCGUGCUGCUGUCAGGUACCCAUGUGAUGGAGGGCUCAGGCAAGAUGCUGGUCACCGCGGUCGGUGAGAACUCUCAGUCUGGGAUCAUCUUCAAGCUGCUGGCUGCCGGUGAGGACGGUGGCGCUGAUGCUGAGGAGAAGGUCAAGAAAGCCAAGAAAAAGGAAAAGGAGAAGGAGGAGAAGAAGAAAGACAAGAAGGGCAAGAAAAGAGCGAACCUGGACGGAGCGACCGAGGUGCAGCCCUUCACCGAGGACGGGCGGCCGGAGAAGAAGAAGAACGCGCCGAAGAGGGAGAAGUCGGUCCUCCAGGGGAAGCUGACCAAAAUGGCCAUGCAGAUCGGCAAAGCGGGUCUGUUCAUGUCCUUCAUCACCGUCGUCAUCCUCAUCGCUCGCUUUGCCGUCGACACCUUCUGGCUGCAGAGCGUCGCCUGGAGCUCCGAGUGCGUGCCCGUCUACGUGCAGCUCCUCGUCAAGUUCUUCAUCAUCGGCGUGACGGUGCUGGUGGUGGCCGUGCCUGAAGGGCUCCCUCUGGCCGUCACCAUCUCCCUGGCCUACUCCGUGAAGAAAAUGAUGAAGGACAACAACCUGGUGCGUCACCUGGACGCCUGCGAGACGAUGGGCAACGCCACGACCAUCUGCUCCGACAAGACGGGCACGCUCACCAUGAACCGCAUGACGGUGGUGCAGGCCCACAUCGCGGGACACUUCUACCGCCGGCUGCCGGAGCCGGGCCAGGUGGCCGCCGCGGCCCUAGACCUACUGGUCCAGGGCAUCGGGGUCAACUGCGCCUACACCACCAAGAUUAUGCCUCCGGAGAAGGAGGGCGGGCUGGCUCGCCAGGUGGGGAACAAGACGGAAUGUGCCUUACUGGGCUUGUCCCUCAGCCUGCAGCGCGACUACCAGACCGUCCGCAACCAGUUCCCCGAGGAGAGCCUCUUCAAGGUCUACACCUUCAACUCCACCAGGAAGUCCAUGAGCACCGUGCUGAGGAACCACGACGGCAGCUACCGCAUGUUCAGCAAGGGCGCCUCCGAGAUCCUGCUCAGGAAGUGCUGUAAGAUCCUGUCCAGCAGCGGCCAGGCCCGACCCUUUAAGCCCCGGAGCCGGGACGACCUGGUGAGGACUGUGAUUGAGCCGAUGGCGUCGGAGGGGCUGCGUACCAUCUGCCUCGCCUACAGAGACUUCAGCGCCGCCGACGGAGAGCCCGACUGGGAGGACGAGGCCCACAUCCUCACCGGCCUCACCUGCAUCGCCGUGGUGGGCAUCGAGGACCCCGUGCGCCCCGAGGUACCGGACGCCAUCAGACGCUGCCAGCGGGCCGGGAUCACCGUCCGCAUGGUGACCGGAGACAACAUCUCCACCGCCCGAGCCAUCGCCACCAAAUGUGGCAUCGUCCGCCCGGGAGACGACUUCCUGUGCAUGGAGGGCAGCGAGUUCAACCAGCGCAUCCGCAACGAGCUCGGAGAGAUCGAGCAGGAGCGUAUUGAUCUGAUUUGGCCGAAGCUGAGAGUCCUUGCCAGAUCUUCUCCCACGGACAAACACACUCUGGUGAAAGGUAUCAUCGACAGCACGGUGCUGGAGAAGCGGCAGGUAGUCGCCGUCACCGGAGAUGGAACGAACGACGGCCCCGCCCUCAAGAAGGCAGACGUCGGCUUCGCCAUGGGCAUCGCCGGGACGGACGUGGCAAAGGAGGCGUCGGACAUCAUCCUGACAGACGACAACUUCAGCAGCAUCGUGAAGGCCGUGAUGUGGGGUCGCAACGUGUACGACAGCAUCUCCAAGUUCCUCCAGUUCCAGCUCACCGUCAACGUGGUGGCCGUCAUCGUGGCCUUCACCGGGGCGUGCGUCACGCAGGACUCUCCUCUCAAAGCGGUGCAGAUGCUGUGGGUCAACCUAAUCAUGGACACCUUGGCGUCGCUGGCUCUGGCCACCGAGCCGCCCACCGAGGCGCUGCUGCUCCGCGAGCCGUACGGGCGCGAGAAGCCGCUCAUCUCCCGCACGAUGAUGAAGAACAUCCUGGGCCACGCCGUCUACCAGCUGACUGUCAUCUUCACCCUGCUGUUCGCGGGCGAGAAGAUUUUUCAAAUCGACAGCGGCCGCUACGCCCCCCUCCACGCGCCGCCCUCCGAGCACUACACCAUCGUGUUCAACACAUUCGUCCUCAUGCAGAUCUUCAACGAGAUCAACGCCCGCAAGAUCCACGGCGAGAGGAACGUGUUCGAGGGCGUCCACCAGAACCCCAUCUUCUGCUCCAUCCUCGUGGGCACCUUCGUCCUGCAGAUCUUCAUCGUGGAGUUUGGUGGUGUGCCAUUCAGCUGUGUGCCGCUGAGCCUGGAGCACUGGCUGUGGUGCAUCCUCCUGGGCGUUGGCAGCCUGCUGUGGGGACAGGUGGUGUCCAGCGUCCCCACCAGAUGGCUCAAGUUCCUGAAGACGGCGGGUCACGGCCGGCGCCAGGAGGAGAUCCCCGAGGAGGAGCUGAAGGACGUGGACGAGAUCGACCACGGCGAGAUGGAGCUGAAGAGGAGCCAGGUGCUGUGGUGCCGCAGCCUCGGCCGCAUCGCCACGCAGAUCCGAGUGGUGAACGCCUUCAGGGACAGCGUGUCCCCCUACGAGGGCCUGGAGACGCCCGAGUCGCGCAGCUCCAUCCACAGCUUCAUGAGCCGCCCCGAGUUCCGCAUCGAGGACUCGGCCCCCGAGAUCGACGAGGCCGACUGCGAGGACGACGCCCCCGCCGAGCUCAACGGCGUCGUCCUCCCGCCGGCAGGCCCGUCCUCGCCCAACAACCGAUCGGACCGCUGGGCGCCGCUGCCCGGCCUGAUCCCUCCCGUCUCCGCGGGGCUGCCUCCCUGUCCGGGGAGCCCGCUGCACAGCCUGGAGACGUCCCUGUGACGCCGGGGCGGGGAUCCGGUGAUGUGAAAACCACUAAGUUAGAAUAUUUAAUAAGAAUAUUAUAAAAAUAACGUAAUAUUUUUAUGAUAAAUGUUAAAGAUCAUAAUUGUACAAGAAGAACACACAUAAUUCUAAAUGUCCCCAAAAAAAAUUGUUACGAGUUAAUAAUUAAACAUAUGAUGAGUGAUAAUUGUAUAAGAAAGGAAAUGUGGAGAAAGUGGGGAAAAAAUAACAUUUAAUCUUUUCUAAAUGAGCCUGUUGAGUGUUUACUCUGAGCAUAGUGAGUCAAAUGUGUAUAUAUACAUAUAUAUGUGCAUAUAUAUAUAUGUGUAUAUAUAUACACACAUAUACAUAUAUAUGUGUAUAUAUAUAAAUGUGUGUAUAUAUAUGUGUGUAUAUAUAUAUAUACACAUAUACAUAUAUAUGUGUGUAUAUAUAUAUACACACAUAUAUGUGCGUAUAUAAAUAUUUAUAUAUAUAUAAAUAUAUACAUAUGUAUAUAUUUAUAUCUGUAUAUAUUUUUAUAUCCACAUAUAUAUGUGCGUAUAUAAAUAUAUACAUAUAUAUUUAUAUAUAUAUAUAUGUGGAUAUAUAUAUUGAUCUUUAAGGAAAAGUCUGUCCAAUCCUUUUCCAGACACCAGGUCAAAGGUCACUGUGCGGUGGUGUGAUUGGAGAGCUUCUCAAUAAGCAACAUGUCCUCUUAGUUCUCAAGUCUGUUUUUUAUUCAAACCAGUUGUGUUUCCUUGGUUGUUUCAUUUAAAACUCAUGAGAAAACAAAGGUGUACACUUGAACAAUAUACAAAUAAAUAAUUCAAAACUUA